UGUGUGUAUCAGUAUGUAUUCUGUGGUUUGGAUGUCACGCACAUUGCGAUACCUUUUAAGUUCGUUGGUUACCUUAGCAACGUUCACAUUUCCACUGUUUAUUAGUGUCCUUAGGUCGAUUUCUUUCAUAAUGGCCGGUCUUAAAAUCGGAAAUGAUACGGAAGAUAUGUUUUACGAAAAUCUUUCCUUGGGAUUAGCAAAAGUGUUGAAUAAUAUUCCAAGAAUAACCAACGUGACGCUCGAGAAACGGCUGCCAUGCGAAAAGGCUCAAGUUACAGCAUGGGAAUCGAGGCACAAUGUUUAUCUUCCGGACGACAUGAAGCGAUUUUAUCUUUCUACGGAUGGAUUCAAUUUUUACUGGAGCUACCAAUAUUCGCCCAAUGAUGUAAGACGUGUUGGUCACAUACACUUUCCACAUUUAAUACAGAUAACUUUGGUAAGGGACAACAUUGACACCAUCCUAACCGUUAGUCCAAAUACGACUCUCACAGUUCCACCCAUCAUCCGGCAAUCGAAUUACGUUGAUCUUAGCUCGGGAAACCUCGAUCACCUUAAUCUGAAUUCAAGAAGCAAAAUUUUUGAGCUCAGCACGAUUGCAAACCUGGCCAAGGUGUGUCUUGUGUACGAAACUCCGGAAAGUUCAAGCCCAAAAAUAUUUCUCCUCGAGACAAAUUCGUUACGUUGGCAAUUUCUUGCAGAAUCGUUCACAGAGUACUUGCGAAUGAGCAUUGCUCAUCUGGGGCUACCGUACUGGGAACUGUGCUUCUCCAGCUGUGGUUUGCCUGCUUGGACUGAGCAACUGUUUCUGCUACUAGCACCGCAUCUUUUAGAGAAAAAUGAUAAUCGAAGGCUUAAAAAUAUAGUUUGCAUUAAUGAGAAUCCUCCAUAUAAUGUACUAGAUCCGGCCGUGUUUCGGACAAAGCUUCGCUGCUCGCGUCAGACACAGAAAAUGCGUUUGAAUAAUUAGAUACUUUGUAUACGGGUAUAUUUUCACUACUAUUUGCAUUGCCACAACGCUGUAACUGUAUUUCGAGUUUUAUAUAUUUGUCUAAAUCAAUUUACAAUUUUUACAAACAAGUUCACGCUGUCAGAAUAUGGAUACCUGAUGUAGUGAAUGACGAUGUGAAACCAAUGCUUGACGAUCGAUUUUCGAUGUUAAUGAACCGUUCGAUAGAGAUCAAGAUAUGAUUUCCGUAAGCAAUGUGUUUUUUCAAUACGUCCAAAUAUCAUCCGGUUGUUGUACGCUUUUUAUCUUACAUGUUACAUUAUUCUCUUGCUUGCAUUUAAAAAAAAGUAAAAAAAAAACUAUUGUUACAUAUGAAAAUUCGUUCAACUUUAAUCAUUGACUUUAAGUACGCAUAUAAGCAUAUAAGUAGAAAUAAAGCACCUUCACGGAUUUCAGUCUCGGAUGGAGAUGAAUUUUUGAA